CUCAUCUCUCCGGCCAACUGCCCAUCAGGACGACCUCCCGACAGCGAUACCAGCCCAGUCCCGACAAGCGUAGGCCGCCUGCACGCCCGCCAUGCCGCAAAACGAGUAUAUUGAAGAAGCCAUCAAGAAACAUGGUCGUCGCUUCGAUCAUGAGGAAAAAAAGCGAAAGAAGGAGGCCCGUAUGGUCCACAAGAAGUCGGCUGUUGCGCAGAAGCUGCAUGGUCUGAAGGCUAAGCUGUACAACAAGAAGCGCCAUUCCGAGAAGAUUCAGAUGAAGAAGACCCUCAAGAUGCAUGAGGAGCGGUCCAAUAAGCACAAGGCCGACGACCAGCCGGUCAAGGAGGGUGCCGUGCCCACAUACCUUCUGGAUCGUGAGAACCAGACCCGAGCCAAGGUCCUGAGCAACAUGAUCAAGCAGAAGAGAAAGGAAAAGGCCGGCAAGUGGAACGUCCCGCUGCCCAAGGUCAAGGGAAUGGACGAGGCAGAGGUCUUCAAGGUCGUCAAAUCCGGCAAGCGGAAGUCAAAACAAUGGAAGCGAAUGAUCACCAAGGCAACCUUUGUCGGCGAGGGCUUCACUCGCAAACCGCCAAAGUACGAACGGUUCAUCCGGCCCAUGGCGCUCCGCUACAAGAAGGCGCACGUCACCCAUCCCGAGCUUGGCGCGACCUUCCAUCUGCCUAUCCUGGGCGUCAAGAAGAACCCCAGCAGCCCGAUGUACACCCAACUUGGCGUCAUCACCAAGGGUACCGUCAUCGAAGUCAAUGUGAGCGAGCUGGGACUGGUGAGCUCGACAGGCAAGGUCAUCUGGGGUAAAUAUGCCCAGGUCACCAACAACCCUGAAAACGACGGCUGCAUCAACGCGGUUCUGUUGGUUUAAGCACGUCCUCUAUACGCAAACGCCGCACCCUCGUGCCCGAUGGAUAGACACUCCAAGCCCACCUGCGUUACGAGCACUCAAAACACCGCGGCUGGACAGGCGGUGGAUUCAAAGCGCAUUUCCUGACUUCCCGGAGGGGAUAAUGCACACCUUCGCAUGCUGAAGUUGAGCCGCAACAGCCCCACGUCUUGCAUGACCGUGCCUCUCCCUGCGCUUCUGACCAGCGGCUGGAACAAACACUUUGCCUCUCUCUCUCCCCCCCCCGCCUUCCUCUCACUUGCGGUCAUCGGCAUCCUCGGUCGAUGCCGCAGUGGUUCUGACAGCCCAAUAUAUAUGCACUUGCACUUGACUG